AUGGCAAAGCGCGACUCUCAACACCUUCAUCUGCACUACCAAGUGGCCAUCAUCGGCGCCGGGCCGGCAGGCCUGGCGGCGGCCAACGUCCUUCGCUCUUUCCCUGUCGACUACGUGGUUGUCGAUGGCGGCAAGCCCAUCGACCGGCGCGAUCGCGACUGCGCGAGCGAUGUCGCCACCGGCGUGGGUGGCGCCGGUCUAUUCUCUGACGUACCUCUUAACUGA